AUGAGCCAUGCUCAUGAUUUGAUCGAAUCUUUGGUGAAAGAAUAUUUGGCCCAAAGAGCGUUCUCACAAAGUUUCAACGCUUUCACAGAUGAAAUCGCUAAGGCCAAAGAUGGAAAGCUACAGGUUUUUUUUGAGUUUUUUUAAAGUGAUUUAAGUAUUUUUUUCAUCUUUCAGAUCGACAAGUUUAUUGAAGAGAUGUUCGAUGCGAUCGAAAAAACGGAUGUCGACAGAUUGUGUUGUAUGUGGGAAACAUGGCAGAGCAAAGUUUUUAACUCCUUGAGCCGGGUCCGGUCUUUAUUUUUUCUUUAAAGUAUUUCUAUUUUGCAGGAAAGUAUAAAGAUAGCGAAUCAAUAUGAAGCCAAUGCUUAUCGAAUGCUUUUGGUGAAAUGUGUACAGAAUAAUGAUCUGGCUACCUGCAAUAAAUUUUUCAACAAAAUGUCUUCUGUAACUUUGAACAAUCCACAGUGGACCGAGUGGUACAGUUCGUUUUUUCUUCUUUUUCUAAAAUUUUUAUAAUGCCAUUUUCAGCGUUUCCGUACAAUCCUCACGCACGUGAGAUGGAGCCUUUCAAACGAUAUUACGACAAGCAGUGGCGCGAAGUCUUCGCCAUAUCUCUGCACAAUUUUCUGUCAAUUUCUCUGGCUUCCCCUUCAUAUUCGUCCCUAUCAGCCAUUGUCGAAACGCUUUCGCGAGAAUAUACUGAGGUUCUUAUACAUUUUAAAUUUUUUCCAAGUACGGAAAAACUUGACACUUGAUUUUUAAACAUGUUUCGCGCUUAUGUUUUAUUUUUCGUAGGUAAACUUAUACUGGCUUGUUGUUUUUUACUACUACAAAUAAUUGAAAUCGAAUUCUGGAUACUGUAAAGUUCUAGUUUCAAUGCAAUUUUCAGUCAGGGCAGUCUUUCAAAAAUUGUUAAUGUGCCUAGCUGUAUGAUUUAAUUGAAUCUAAUGAAUCCUCAUUUAUCUAAAUAAACUUUGACUGGCCCUUGAAUUCAUAAAUUUUUUCAGAUGUCAUCCUCUAGACUGGAAUUUGAUGAGGAAUUGAUGGACGAUUUUGCAGUAAUUGCUCAGUGAGUUUUUUUUUAAAUGGGUAAAAAUUCUUUAAUGGUAAAGAGAGUAAAAAUCAACAGACAAAGUUCGUUACAGAUUCUUUCACUGCACUUUUUUUUGGAUAUUUUUUUGAUUUUCGAUUUGAAAACAUUUCUUUUUUUCGGCCAUUAAGCUGAACAUACUUUUUAGCAGUGCGAAGAAAUUUAGGAGUUUCAUUAAAGUUCGAGUUGAAAAAAUGUAGAAAGUUAUACAAACGGUAAUUAUUUGAAAAGUUGUGGAAAAAAAGUUUAAAAAUAAGUUCAAAAAUGAAGUUUAAGCGCUCCUCACUUCAAUCCUGAAUAAUUUUUGUUUCAAUUCUGCCCGCUAAUUGUUUUAAUACUCAAAUAAACUCUCUGAAGUAUUUGAAACGCUACAAUUUAAUUACGAGAAAUUUUGAAACUUGAUAAAACAAAAGUUUUUUCAAACUGUCGUACACAUUUUUCUGUUUCGCCCCUUAUAAACUCAAUUGUUUUGAACCCCAAGAAUUUUCAUGGCUUUUUUCUUUUCAUUCUUGUUUUUCGCGUCGAUACUAAUCCAAUUAGAGAACUAUACUUACAGAUGCACAUCGCCAAUCAAAGUGGCACAAUCGAAGACGUCUCUGAAAAGCCUAUUCAAGUCAUUUGGGAAAAAGCAGCAGUCCGACUAG